AUGUUCUCUCCGCCCCUCACCUUCUACGGUGCUACGGCCAUCUACAUCUCCUCCCAUUUCCUCAUCCAUAUCCUGUCCACUACCUUUCGUGUGCCCUACCUUCAUUCUGACUGGCUCUGCUGGUCCUUCCUCCUCCUUGCUGCCAAAUUCAUCCUUCCUCCCAAGCAUGAUGGUCAAGAUGCCAACACACAACAAUCAGAUAAACUGGCUCUGGCUGUUGCUGCUGUGUGCGCCUUUCGUACCAUAGGUGGAGUCGACUGGGCGCUCCCACUACUCACGCCCUUGUCUCUGCUCAUCACACAACAAGCUUCUAACAAAACCCUUCAAGUCGAGUCGCUCGAGAAGGCUCAGCCGGUCGGAACGGUCGCCUACCGUGGACUCUUUUCUUUGACAUCAGCCCCGGCCCUUGCUCUUAUCCCAGCCGUACUGUCUGCAACUUGGCUUCUACCAGCACCGUAUUCAGCAUGGCAGAUUUGCGCCGGAGUCACUUUCGCCCUCGUCCUAAUAGUGGCCUACAUGUUGAUUCACGAACAAACGGACGAACCGUUGUCAGAGCAGGACGCGGACCGGAUACCUUUACCGUCUCCUGCAGCAUCAUGGCGGGCCUUAGCUGUACUGACCAUAAUGUUGCUGAUUGCGCCCAAAACCUUCUCGCCAACAAAGUUUUCCGAGCCAGUCACCUUGGUUGUCGUUGCGAUGCUGAAGUCUGUACAGUGGGUGAUGGUUAUGGAAUUGGUGCGCAAAGGAUUCUUGACGCCCCUUACGACAACUUCGACGUUUGCUGUCAGCACCAUACGAACCUUCCAUUUGCAAGCUACAACGGGAAGAGCUGGACUUGUUGCUAGCGUCGCCCUCAUCAGUCUUUUUCAGACACACAGAUUCGUUCAAAAAACGUCCUACAACCGGAGGAUACUGUCAGCUAUCGGCGGCGUAUUCGUGCUGGGAUUGGUCCUAAACCAGCCUAUGUCUGAUAACCGCGCAUUGCAAGGGACGUGGAUGGGCUCUCUCGUUGCAGGUAACGAACCGCAUCCAAUCGAAUUGCUGGUCAAUGAAGCGAAUGAAGAGUUCAAGUCCAUGGUUGAAGGUCAGUCCAAGACGCUGCCGGAUGCUAUUGCAGAAUACAAGAGAAGAUACCGUAUGGAACCGCCGCCGGGAUUUGAUCUCUGGUUCAAGCUUGCCAUUGAAUCAAAGUGUACGAUAGUGGAUAACUUCGAUACCGUUAUGCAGUCUCUGGAACCCUUCUGGGGCAUUACCGCAAAAGAGAUGCGAGCAAGAGCCGACAUGUUUACACAGGUUCCCCUAGCCAAGUGGGCUUUAAGAGGCAAAAAGCCCGUCAAGCUGAAGGACUCGCUGGUGUUGGGGGGUUUCAACGAAGUGCUUGGCGCGUGGUUGGAGCGUUUCAAGGACAUUCUUCCUGACGUGGAGAUAACCAUCAAUGGCCUUGCCGAACCCAGAGUGAUAGUACCAAAUGACAGACUAGAUCAUCUCAUCCGAACAUGUCCGAGGGUAGACCCCACAGCAACCGACGACCAACAAAGAAAGCCGCUCGAAAUAAUGGAUCUGGGGAAGGAUAAGUCAUGGCAAAUAGGCACAAGAUCAUGUCCCGAGAACUCUCCCAGUCGAUCUAUUUUGCUACCUGCGGAGGAAGAAGGGUUGCAAUUCAUCAGGAACGUCACCAAAAGCAAAGACGUAUGCGAAGCGCCGGAGGCUGCCAUGUCCCACGCAAUGUUCCUCGCGCCUUACAAUUUGAAAGUCACAGAUACCCUGGUACCGGUUUUCUCCCAUGGUAAACCAUCUUCAUCUCAGGAUAUCCUCUACCCCAGUCCGGAUUACAUUGAGGGUUACCACAAGAGUAAUUACAACGAGACCGAGGAUCCAUUGUGGGAGAAUAAAACCAAUCAACUGUAUUGGACCGGCAGUGACACCGGAGGCUACGCGUCAGGAGACAAUUGGCGUCACUUUCACCGCCAACGCUUCGUCGACAUGGUCACGAACAGUAACAACGAGAUCUCCGUACUCAAGCGUGUCCAGUCUGGUCGGUUCGGCAAAUCCACUCGCUGGGAGGAGCGCAAACAAACGAUGGCCAGCCUCUCUGACCUUGUACACGUUCAUUUCACCUCCAUGGAUAUUUGCGCGGGAUCGGCUUGCUUCGAAGAGAAGCAGGCUCUACCUGUCGGGAAGGGAGAGAAUAGAUCUGCAGGCUACGGUUCGAAAUUCCUCUUUGAUGUUGACGGCAUGGGCCGAACCGAGCGCUACUAUCGUCUAUUGGGCUCCAGAAGUACUGUCUUCAAGCAGACUAUGUAUCAAGAGUGGCACGAUGACCGCAUCGUGCCCUGGGUUCACUUUGUACCGGUCAGCUUGGGCAUGCGAGAAUUGCCUGAGAUAUUGAACUUCAUGGCGAAAGAUGAAAAGGGUCAGGUGAUUGCUAAGAACAUUGCUGAUGCGGGCAGGAGAUGGCAGCAGACUGCAUUGAGGGAGGAGGAUAUGGAUCUGGCGUUUUUAAGGAUUAUGCUGGAGUAUGCAAGGCUAACAAGCGAUGAAAGGGACCAAAGUGGGAUGUGUCCCCGGGGUAGGGUAAGAGUCACCGGCAGAUGA